UUGGUACCUGUAGUUCGGGUUUCACAUCCUCGGUGCAUGGUAGUUGUACUCCCAUCAGUGGCACUGCUGGUGUGUUGGAUGAACAAAUACAUGUAGUUGUCAAUAUUUGGGGGAAGGAUCACCGCUGCUCCGUAUGUUGGGAUCGAAAAGCUGUGAGGACAUGAAGGAUUAUGAAUGGAAAAGAAGGGAGAGCCUGCUGUUGCGCCAGAUACGAUGUGAAAUUGAAGCUGCAGAAACAUGUCAAUGGCUUAGAGCUGCCGGCUUCCCACAAUAUGCUCAGAUGUUUGAAGAGUGUACAUUUCCAAUUGACAUCUCUUCAGUGGAGCGAGACCACGACUUUCUUGAUCAAGAUCUCCUCGAUGCUGUUAUACGGAGACUUCAUAUUCUCAACAAAUGUGCAAGUAUGAAGAUUGAAGCUCCUCUCCACAGAUCUGGUGAUGAAUCAGAUGAAGAGGACCAAUGUGCAAUCAGUAACAAGUGGAAAUACACUCGCAGCAGUCGGAGGUGGUCUCGCCGUAUGACCAACGAAGAACUAGCCCCUCAUUCGCCUGAUACCUUAGGAUCAAACUCUGCCGAGGGUUCCCCUACCCUCACGCAUGCCCCAGCCACAAGGCUGAAUAGCAGCAGUCGGGAUAGUCUGGUGACAACCGACAACGAGGGAUACACCAGCGCAAGCAGCUUUGACAGCCCCGCUGUAAUCCAUAAGACAUAUAGCAUUAAGCGCAAAGGCUCAGCUGAGAUCACUUGCUCGGCGUUUACAGGAAACCGCAGCUUAAGUCCAACUCAUAGAACUCCGCCAUCCUCCCCGAUCAUGUUGAUGCCUGGAGAUGAUGAGGAGAGCCCCCGCAAUGCGAUCAUUGAGAUCUCCUCGCCGAUCAUGGGCAAGGGGAAAGCAUCUGAGGAGGUAGUACAACAACAACAGGUCUCCAAAGAUCGCAUGAAAGGAGCCAAGAACUUCCUGAAGAGGUUGGACAGUUUGAAGCUGAAGCGCGGAGGUAGCCUGCGCGGCAGUAAAAAGGGAAAGGACCACAGGGAACCAAUUGUGAUUAGCGAUCCGAUAGCAAACGUCGAGCAAGGAACUCUGAAAGACAAAAUUGAACUCUUCAACUGCAUUGACUUGGAUCAGGCCAGGAGGUCGAAAUCCGCGUCACCUGGGGCCCCUCGGUUUACACCGCUCACUCCUCCCGCUAUGCGGAGGAGGGCGCAAACAGGCGAAAAGAACAACUCUGAGAAACGAAAGGGGCGAGUAUUUUCGGAACCGAGCUCUCCGAUGGUGAGCAGGAAAAUCGACAGGGAGUUCUACAGACAACUGGAGGAGGCUCACAUGAACAUUCUCACCAGCAAACUGACUCUAUCGGAUGUGAGGAAUAACAAUGAUGAGGGCAGAGGGGUGUUCAAACUCAGUCCCAACAGAUCUUUAGAGAUGGACAUUUCACCCGCAUCCUCUCCGGGAACAGUGGAGAGGAAGUUGAGUUGUAGCGGUACCUCUGACUGCCAGUGCCAAUCUUGCCAAGACAAAAUGGCUCCGUGGAGCUCCAGCGAAGAGUUGCUGUCACCCCAGAGUGUCAAGAUGACAUCUCCGUGGAACAGCAGCGUCUUAGGAAAUGUCCCCAGAACAUUGCAUUCCAGCUGUGAGCGCGUCUCCGAUGCCCAGAUAGCAGUUGCGGAAUGCGAGUUCCUGCGACAGAUCUACAACCUGAAAAACAUUGGCGACGCCCCAUCGGAUCAAACCACAGCAGGCCAGGCUCGUCCGUCGACUUCGACCCAAUGCGAUCCGCUUUCCCCAACACAGCGAAGUAGUCAGGCCAUCUCAAAGAAUCAGUUUGAAUCAGAGAAGCAGGAUAUUCUAUCGAGUAUUACAAAACUUCUCGUCGCCGAGAAAACCUUGGACGAGGAUCACUCGACAGUACCCAUGCUUCGCAAGAGGACUCGCAGCAACAGCCUGCCGGACACGCGGCCCUGCAGCAUGCAGGUCCAGAGCGUUACGAGGUUUGAGGCGGCUGACCCAGAAUUGGAUGGGAUCAACACCGAGUUGGAAUCUCUGCUGAAUGGGAUCAACCAGAGUCUUCAUGAGAUGCAGGAGAACCUCCGCAAAGAUGAAGGUAGUGUGUCGUCAGUUUCAUCACAAGUGUCAUCACCACUCUGUUCUCCCGUCUCGUCGACAUUUGCUUCCCCGCUACCCUCGCCCCUUCCCUCCCCCCAGCUGCCCCACUCCGACCCCCAGAAGGAUCUUGGGAUUAGCACCCUGUCCGCCAGUCAGGACUCUACCGUGGCCAGUGAAGCUGAUGCGACAGGAUCCCCUAAUGAUAGUCUAGAUGCGUCAAACACGGCUGCUACAAUGAGGGAGCGACGAGACUCUGGGGUUGGUAACUCACUGACAAGACCGAACAGUGGAAAGAGACCUAGGAUCAGAUGGCACAGCUUUCAGAAGUCCCACAGGCCAAGCCUCAAUUCAAGGCCGUUUCAGAUCUCCAGUCUGUCCGUCAGCCAGUUGAUGAUCCUGCGGAAACUCUCUCUGCUUAAGCUCACCUCACUGAUGGAGAGGCAUUCUAUCACACACCGCAGUGGGUGGAGCUGGAUGAUGCCCCGUUUCAUGAAGCGCAUUAAGAGCCCGGACUACAAGGACCGUAACGUCUUUGGCGUGCCCCUCCUCCAGGUGUUACAACAGACGGGUCUACCGCUCCCCCAGACAAUCCUUUACGCUAUGAGGUACCUCCGUCGUACAUCCAACGAUGCGGUGGGCAUCUUCCGUAAGCCAGGGGUACGAUCUCGCAUCCAGCAACUCAAGAGGCUGAACGAGAGCAAUCCAGAUAACAUGAGCUACGAAGGCAUGAUGUCCUACGAUGUUGCCGAUAUGCUGAAGCAGUAUUUCCGGGAUCUCCCCGAACCAGUAGUUACCACCAAGCUUUCAGAUACUUUCAUCAGUGUUUUCACAUCUGGCAUGCCCAAGGAUCUCCGUCUGUCUGCGAUUCAGGCUGCCGUCAUGCUGAUGCCUGAUGAGAACCGCGAGGUCCUUCAGUCGCUGCUGCUAUUCCUCAGCGACAUUGCAGAACACUCCAAUGAGAAUCAGAUGACUGCCUACAAUUUGGCCGUCUGCUUUGCACCGUCCUUAUUUCAACUAGGGAAGAGUCCAAUCCCAAACAAUCGCCAGAUCAGCAGUCCACGACGCGCACGCAAGAUGGCCACAUCGAGACCCGACCAAAAAGAACUGAUCGAGAAUGUGGCUGCGAAUGAGUGCCUUGCCCUGAUGAUCAGAGAGGUCAAGAAACUAUUCAUGGUUCCUGAAGACUUGAUGACUAAAUGUCACUUCUCCUACAUGGAUCUUGGUGAGCCGGUUGAGCUGGAGGAGCUAGGCAGAAAGAGAAGCGAUGAAUCAGGAAACUACGGUAGCUAUCUUGAAAGCUGUCUACAAGGACUGCUUAAGGAAUCAAGAGACAAGUUCAAGGGAUGGGUGAUAUGUCCAACUGUAGACGGCGUGGAAGUCGCCUUCAAGAAGGUCGGCGAUGGUCACCCAUUGAGGUUAUGGAAAUGUACCAUCGACAUCGGUGCGCCACCAGCUGAUAUUCUACAGCGGGUACUCAAAGAAAGACAUCUCUGGGAUGAGGAUCUUGUUAAGUGGCGAUCAGUGGAGACUCUGGAGAAGACUACCGAGGUAUUCCAGUAUGUAGUCAACUCCAUGGCGCCCCAUCCCUCAAGAGACUACUGUGUGCUUAGGUCAUGGAGAAAUGAUUUGCCAAGAGGAACCUGCGCCCUGGUCUCCACCUCCAUAGAGCACCCAGACGGCCCUCUGAUGGGCGGGGUAAGAGGUACAGUCCUCGCUUCUCGCUUCCUCAUCGAGCCUUGCGGGUCUGGAAAAUCUCGUCUGACACACAUUUGCCGAGUAGACACCAAGGGGCGGACAGUGGAUUGGUACAACAAGGCCUAUGGUCACGUCAUGGCUAGACUGGUGGGGAAGAUUCGGGAUUUGUACAUCCACGAAGCAGAGGGACCCGAGACCAAAGUCUGAAGACUUGGAAAGUACCAGGAUUGUGUGACGAAGCUACUUUAGUGCCUAAGGCAAGAGUUGGAGAGAGGACUAUAUACUGUCAAGAUUACAUGGAUAAGUGAGCUUUAUACAAUUGACACGGACAAUGCUGAAUCACCAAGUGAUUUCUUCUGACGUUGAUUUUGAUAUCAAACGAUAUCAAGACAAUUAACGCUGAUUCGAGAGGAGUGGUUUUCGUCUGAGCUACAAACGGGGAAAUGUUCAUGAGUAAUGAUUAGGAAAAAGCUGUAUGCUAAUCAAAGAAUUAACUGUUAGAUGAAUUCAACAUCAAAUGUUUUAGUGUGGUUCAAAUCUCACAGCUAUUCUGCUUUCAAGAACAGGCGUACUACACAAAGAAUGUCGGACCGUCGUCUGACAGUGUUCAAAUUGAAAUCUGUUUAUGUACAUAACAACAACAGUAUAAAUGUAUGUAUAAACAAACAUUGAUGUAUCUAUAUGUACAUGUACUCAGGUAUAUUUUAUUGUAUGCACUGUUUAACAACAGUGAACCCUUAAAUAUAUGUAUAGUAUUUAUAUUAUAUAACCAUGUACAAAUUAUUAAGAAUAUUGUACAUAAAAACAGAGUUACUUAUAACCCAUUUAGGAAGUUAACAACAUUAACGUAAUGCGAUUAGAAUUCAAUUAUUUUUUCAUUUUGAAAAUAAAUAUCCUCUUAUCAACUCAGUUCAAAUUUCUUUUUCUUUUCUCUAAUUUUCAAAUGUCAGAUAAGGUGGGAAAUACAACAUAAUUUUGAGCAGAAAGAAAAACAGUCCGUAACAUGGACUUUGGUAUGAGUUUUUUUUUACUUGUACGCAUUUAAAAAAAAAGUUCUGACUUACGAACUUUACUUGGUGCUUGACACAAUGUAAUAAUUUAUCGGUAAAGUUUCUUAAGAUGGAAACAUUUUUUUUAAUAUGUUGAGUCUGCCAGAAAGCAAUAGCAAUGGCUUAUUUAGAGCCUUCGAGGCCCAAUUUCAUAGAGCUGCUUAAGCACUAAGUUUUGCUUACGCAAACAUAUCCUUGCUUAGUAAAAUCAGAUUACUGGCCAAGACUCCACUCAAUUGUUAUGCUAAGUAAAAAACAGCUAAAAA